CACUCCCACACCGACCAUGUCUACUACACUCAACACCCUCAAGACUCGCACCGCCCGUCUCGCUCUGCCCACAGCUACCCGCCAGUUCAGCACUAGCACCCCACGCUUCUACCGCCGCCAGCCCGGCGACCCCACAGGCCCCAACGAACCUCCGACCCACAUCAGUGCUCCUAAGAGCAAGUCCCCCCUGAAAGUCUGGCCCAUUCUCGCCAUCUUUGGCACAGGCACCUUUCUCUUCAAGAAGAUCGUUGACCAGCGCGAGGGCCAGUACAAGCCUGUUGGACCCAUCGCCGGCCACUCCCCAAGUUCGAAGCCAGCAACGCCUCGAGCCAACAACCCCGUACCCCACUAAACACCACCUCUACCUUCCACGAUGCCAGCAAUUGAGAACCUUGGCGCCUCCACGCGCACCAGCCCUCUCUGGUCGCCGGACAGUAUCACUGUGAUCUUUGUCCUUGGUGGCCCGGGUGCGGGCAAGGGAACGCAGUGCACGAAGCUUGUCUCGGACUAUGGCUUCAAGCACCUCAGUGCAGGCGAUUUGCUGCGCGAAGAGCAGGACCGUCCCGGGAGCGAGUUUGGCGAGAUGAUCAAGACGUACAUCAAGGAGGGCACGAUUGUGCCUAUGGAGGUUACGAUUCAAUUGCUGGAGAAUGCGAUGAAGAAGGCUAUGGAGACUGAGAACAAGAGUUUGUUCCUUAUCGAUGGCUUUCCCCGCAAACUCGACCAGGCCCACGCUUUCGAGCGCUCCGUCGUCCCCUCCAAGUUCACUCUCUUCUUCGACGCAUCUGAGGAGGUCAUGCUCGAGCGUCUUUUGCGCCGUGGCGAGACAUCUGGUCGUGCCGACGACAAUAUCGAGUCCAUCAAGAAGCGCUUUAAGACCUUCGUCGAUACCAGCAUGCCUGUGGUCGACGAGUUCGAGAAGCAGGGGCGUGUUGUCAAGGUCGACGCUGUCCAGGAGCCAAGCAAGGUGUACCAGGAUGUGCAGGAGAAGAUCAAGGCGUGGGGCGUUGAGCCGAUUAGCUUGAAGUUCGUCCAGACCGCAUAGAUCACACAGAAUGGAUGGUAGGCUUGAGGUGCAUAGAUAUACAGACAGCAUCAAUCCUAAGCAAGUAGCGUCAUAGCGGAUCUAUGUGCUCCAGGACCUUGUAUGAAGUAUCUGUAUCGCAUUGCCUAUAUGCAGCACGAGGGCUGCUCAUUCAUCCAUUACCCAGAAAGAGAGCCGUGAUGCAUGCGCUCAAAUCCCUACUCCUUUUGUCGUGACAUGUCGAAACAAACGAAAGCAGUACAUCUCCAACGCCCCUAUCUACAUCUAAUCGGCAUCCUCGUCAAUAGGAGCCCUGGGCUGCUUCUGCUGCUGGCCCCCUCGGCCCUUGAACCUUGUCGCCAUCUCAGCCUUCUGGUCGGCCUUGUUGGCCUCGUCCUCCUUCUCCUGGAUAAACCUCUGCUUCUCCUG